AUGAUGAACCGCCCUGGCGAUGGCCAGUUCCCUCCACCGCCAUCUCCUCCACCACCACCUCCACCACCGGAUUUGCAGUUCGACAUCGCCGCCGCCGCCCAGGAAGAUCGGCGGCGCGGGGCGGAGCUUUGGUGUGAAGAGUGGCGGCAGCAGCGGGAGGCAAUCGAGCAGCGGGCCCUUCAGCACCGUGACGCGGCGGCGGCAGCAGCGGGAGACCCCGCAGCUGACGAGAACGCGGCGUGGGAGGAGGAGGCGCUGGCGGACACCAUCGCGGCGUUCGACGCUGCCACAGCAGAAGAGGCGUGGCGGCGCCGGAUGGAGGAGAUUGGCCAGCGGUGGGCUGAUGAGCACUGGCGCCAGCGCGAGGAGCGGGAGGCGAUCGAGCGCCGGCAGCGGGAGGCGAUGGAGCGCCAGCAGCAGCUGGCGGCGGAGGAGCAGUCGCAGAUUCACCGCGCCGUCGAGCUCUCCCUCCAGACGGCGCAGCAGGGGAGGGCAGGCGACGACGCGAUGCUGGAGCAGCGGCGUUUGGCCACCGCCCUACGCAUGGAGAGGCAGCGCGCGCAGCAGGAGCUACGGCGGAGGGGAGGCGACGACGGGGCAGGACCGUCGAACGUACCGUCGGGCGGUCAGUAG